GAGACAUGGCGGCGCCGAGGCGGGAGGUUCUGCUGUUCCUCGUGGUCGCCCUGCUGGUCUCCUGCGGCGCGGCGCCCACUGUCAUCCUGUAUCGGGUUCCCGAGGAGCAGCCGCCCAACACGCUGAUCGGCAGCCUGGCGGCGGACCAGGGCCUGCCCCACACCGGACACCUCUACAAGCUGGAGGUGGGCUCACCGUACCUGCAGGUGGAUGACAAGACUGGCUACAUCUACACCACGGACAUCCCCAUCGACCGCGAGAUGCUCAAAGACUGCCGCAACUGCCAGAAAUGCUUCCUAGAGUUCAAGGUGUCAAUCACCGAUACGGUGAAAGGGAUCAGCACGGGCCCUCGGAUGAUCGAUGGCCGCAUUGAGGUGCUGGACAUCAACGACAACACGCCGCAGUUCUCUUCGCCAAACCUCAUGCUGUCCAUCUCCGAGAACACGCACAUUGGCGCCGUCUUCUACAUCCCCUUGGCCACUGACCGGGACUCCGGCGCCAACGGCGUGGCUGAGUACACGCUGACCGCGGGGCCGGACGCCAACCAGCUCUUCACACUGCAGGUCGCCCUGGACUUGGACGAGAAGCACCCUCAGCUGGUCAUCAUGGGCAACCUGGACCGCGAGAAGAAGGACUCGUACGACCUGAACAUCAGCGUGCUGGACGGCGGGAAGCCGGCGCGGGCGAGCAGCGCACUGCUGCGGGUCACCGUCACCGACCAGAAUGACAACACGCCCAAGUUUGAGAGGAGUCACUACGAAGCCAAGCUGCUGGAGAACAGCCCGCUGGGACACUCCAUCCUGCAGGUCAGAGGGAGGGGCUCUGUUAGUACACAAAAAAAACAAAACAAAAGGAAAAACAUGUAGGCGCUGAGGAUAGAC